AUCGAGCCAUCGCGGCCAUCCUGGACGAAGAAUUGACCAGCCGGAAUAUAGUGCCCGUGAGCCGAUUAGACACUCCCACCGAACGCAUGUGGCAAGCCGAACACGUGGCCCAACAACCACAGCCGCAACUGAUGAAGCAUUCGGUGCUGAAGGCGUCUGCCCAGAAGAAAGGGCGUGGGGUGGCUUGGUAA